AUGCCGACGAUUGCCGCCGACACCGAUUUCCCCAAGUUGCUCGACACCCCCGCGAAGCAGGUCAAAUGGGCAAAGAAGCUGGUCGCCGAGCAUCUGAAAAGUCCUGCGAAGCGCAUCGACAAGCCUCCUAUGCAGGGAAUGUUCAGCAGGACCCUGUUCGUUACCCUCGCUGAUGGCCGUGCGGUAGUUGUGCAAUUUCGUACCGAACCGCUUGACAUCAACGCGUUCAAGAUCGCCAAGGCGGCGCUAGGCUCAUUUGUCCCGGAUGUUGAAGCUCUCGGCAAUGAAGAGUUAGAGAGCGCGCGGGCCUGGGCUUACUUCCUAACCCUCAUGCCCGGCAUGAUAUGGCUGCGCGGAGUCGCCGGGAAGGGAGCCGAAGGGCGUAUUGCCGUCAACAAGUCAUUGGGCCGCGUCUUUUCAAAGGGCUUUCUCGCCGACAACAGCUGUGAAGCUGUCGAAACCAAGCUUCGACCGCACCUGGACGCCAUCUUGGCGUCGCCGUUGGAAGAUAUCCUCCCCUACAAAGCGACUUUGGAGAGCUUCGCCAAGAGGCUUGAUGAGUUUGCCCAGCUCCCGCUGUGGGUUGCCCAUUACGAUCUUAACGAGGUGAACGUGCUCAUCGACGAGAAAUGCGAGGUUACCGCCUUGAUCGACUGGGAACUAUCCAGCCCGCUGCCUUUCGGGGCCGGCUUCGGCCGCAUCCACACCAUUGCCGGCGAAUACACCGGAGGCGAGUUCUGGAUGCCGGAUGAAUUCGAGGUUGCGGAAAGGGGUUUUUGGACGGAGCUGUUCGACGGAAUGCCGGAACAAAUUCGAACGAUGCUGGAAAAACGCAUCGACCUGGUCCAGGAUGUUAUUAUACUUGCGACCUUGCUAAGCUGCUUUUUCUUUGAGGAUGGGAAGGUCGGCGUUGGCGAAGUUACCUUAAAGGCACUCCCGAAAUUUAUGACCUAUCGAAUCCCUUUUAUCCGAGGGCAGGAGCAGCCGUAUAGAGAAUAA